AUGGACUCGUUCUCCGUCGGAGCUUCUCAUAUCAGAAGGUCGACCGAACAGCACUCGCGCGCCGCUUCGAGCAACGGCUACUACUCGGAUGGCACAGCUUCCUCGGCAGCUGACAUUUCAUCCUCUCUCCUCGAUACCUUCAGCACCAUUCUGUCGGAAGCCGACAGCUACAUCACUUUCUUUGAAGGACGCAUACGCCUCGAAGAAGACUACAUAAGGAGCUUGAGGAUCUCGCUCGAACGUCAGAAGGAGCUCGAUGCCAAAGUCAGUUCCAAGAUCGUCGGCGAUGUGAGCCUCAUGGCCGACGCUCAGCGCUUUCCUGAACUCCGGCGUGCGUGGCUCGAGAUGCGCCAAAAUGACCAGCGUGAACUCGAAGCACGCUCCUACAUGGUCGAGACGUGUCGCCAGGGCGUUCUAGCACCGCUGCUGGCCUUCCGUGAUGCUCAGGAACGCAUCCGCAAACGUGUCAAGGAGGAUGUGCGCACGAGCUUGUCACAAUACGAUGAGAUGCGCAACACCAAUCUGCCUAGGAUUCGACGCACGUACGAAAAAAGAGCCGAGGAGGUCGAGAAUCUCCAGCUUCAAGCCAAAGCCGUCGAAGACCAGCGCACGUUGCUCAGCACCAGAACGGCAGAACGAGAAUCAGCUUCCACCAGCCACAGCCGCCAACCCUCUCAUCCAGACUUUGACCCGACAGCGAGAUCGCCUCCUUCCACCUUCCCCGGCAGCACCGGCACCAGCCUCAUGCGUCGCAAAAGCAGUCGCAGCCGUCAUCACUCGAGACAUCACUCGGAUGCCUCGUCAAAGUCUCUCGGCGCUUCGGCCAAGGGCAAUCGAAGCUCCGACGAGAGGUCCGUCGGCUCGCCGCCCGUCACAGAUACGCAUCUCCCAGCAACAGCUUCCGCCCUGUCCACCUCACCGCCCAGUCCGUCUCACGAAAAGACGAGGCCAAACUUCUUCGAAGCUUUCAAAACCCGAGAGGGUUGGGAUGCGGCCAGGAAGGAAGCGCCAAAGAAGAUUGGCGCGCUCAUCAAUCGCAUGCGAGAGGGCGGACAGGGAGGUGCUGCCGGUUUCGGUGUCGACAGCGGGCCGCCCACGCCGUCCAUGAGCGAAACUCUCCUAGGGACUUUCGGUGGCAGCAACAACAACAACAACCCGUACAAGGCCACGCAGACCAUCGCUGCAAAGCAGGCACGUGCAAAGCGAGAGGUGGAUGAAGCGGACAAAGCGUACCGCAAGGCCAUCUUUGACCUCGAAACCUUGCGUCUGCGCAGGCUGAGGACACUCAAAGCUGCCGCAGCUUCCGUGAUAGAAUGCCGCACCGAGCUAGCAAACACGGCUCAGGCAGUAUGGCUGCAGUCGGAGCGCUCGCAGAUCGUGCUGCACGACAGAAGCAGCGGUCUUCAUCAACACAGCGAGGACAGGGUCAAAGCGGCUCUCAAUGAUUUCGACCAGGAGCUCAGAUCGAUGGAAGAGAAUCUGCCAGGUGCCAGGACCCUGGAAGACAAGAGGGUGUCCUAUGUCAACUAUUGGCAUGGCGAACUUAAGAACCUAAUCUUUGGUACGCCGCUCACCGACUAUCCGCUCACUGUGCCCUAUCGCCUGAGCGACACAGUUGCUCCUCCUCUCAUCGUCACGAAGUGUAUCGACUUCAUCGAGACACAUGCGAUCAAUCUUCCUGGCAUCUACCGUAUCUCGGCCAAACAGUCGAGCGUCAAGCAACUGGCUCUGGCCAUUGAGAAGGACGAGCUGGGCUUUCAGUUCGAUCCAGCCAAAGACGAGCCGGCGGCCGUCGCGGGCGUCUUCAAGGAUUAUUUGCGUCAGUUGCCUGAGCCGGUGCUCGCUAUACCCUGGGCAGAGCGAAUCAAAUAUACCCACGAGAGAGAGGAGCACAUCCGAACCGGUUUUGCAACGCUGAAAGGAAAGAUCCGUCGACUGCCUCCCAUUCACCAGCUCACACUCAAAGUGAUUGUUCAGCAUCUCAGCAGGCUGGCUCAACACUCAGAUCAGAACAAGAUGACGGCCGCCAACCUGAGCGUUGUCUUCUCGCCGUGUCUUUUGUCUGAGGCGGACCACGAGACUACGAGCGUGGCUGCUGCCAUGGAGGAAGACAAGACGAUGGAGGAUCUCAUCCUGUAUUGCAACGACAUUUUCGAUCUCAAGACGGCGGGUGCACCGCUGCUCCCGCCUAUCUCGUCGACACGCGCCGGUGAACUAUCCAGAGCUGGCCAGAGCGCAGCGGACGCCGCCUUUGCGUCAUCGUCGCCGACCACCGACAGCUCAAUUGACGUGCCUUCUCCUUCGGAUCUUCCGAUUGUCAGUGGUGCCAGUCUGAAAAGGAGCAAUGCAAUCACGCCGGCCAUUGCCGCCGGGAGUGACGGAAGCACCGAUGCAGCUGGGACCAGUCACUCUAGACAUGCAAGUGGAGGCUCCACGAAGGAGGAUGCAGCAGCCACGCAGGCCGCCGACCUUGGCUCUCUCGCAGACAGGUUGCAUCCUCGACAUGUGGGCGCCGACGAACCGACUGAAAGGUCCUUGCCUCGACUGCAGACCGUCGACCUUCCUGCGAAUGCGAGCCGUGGAUCGAGCAGCGCGAUCGUCGCGGGCUCAGCAAGGAUGCACCCCACCCAGGCAGCCCACCGAGCCGAAACAGAUCCAAGUCCUCAGGGGCACACCCAUAGCCUUGAAUCUGCGCCUCGCUCGAGCACAGGUUUGUCUGGCGAAGAAGGAAGCAUGUACCUUGCUGCCACUUCAACGACCGCGCCAUCCCCGCUUGCAGUCACUUCGAAUGGCCCUCUCACACCAGGUUUACUGACUCCUGCCUCGUUGCGAUCGCCGCUCGAUAACGUCAUUGAUUCUGCUCAGGCUUCGCAGGGACAUCCGACGCCCACAACGGAACAAGCUGACCUACAUCAUGCACGCUCGAUCACGAUAACUUCGCCCCCGGGAUCAGAGGGUACGAUUGACCAUUGA